UUCUAUGAAGUAGGAUUGACCAAAAUUUCGAACCAAAGAAAAUAUUUUUUUUUGAACAUUCAUCUCAACAUAAAACAAGGCCUUGUGGCUUGAAAAGGCUGGGGCCGUAAAGCUUUAAAAUAAAAAAAAAAAAAAAAAAAACAUAAAACAAAUCUCUAUCCAUGAGAUCAUUGUAAUGUAUUAGACAUCUCUGAAUUCUAUGCUGGGAUUCAGAUGGCAACAUUCGGGUAUUUUUGUACACAUUAUUAAUGGAAAAGUCCAAACAUUGAAGAGAAUCACCAAAGUUUGUAUAUAAAAUGAAAACUAAAUUUCUGGAUGAAUGGUACGCAUAAGAGUCUACAAAAGAUAUUUAAAAGAGUAGUCGGCAAUCAUAAAUUCCCAAAUAAUUUAUUUUAAAUGAAAAAUUCUCAAAAGAAUAGAACGGAAAAAUUGGAGUAAAAAUUGAAAUUCAAACACAAUGGAAGCACAGGUGCCAAAGCAAGAGAAUGGAACAUUAUCCACGGAAGAGUUGCAGAGGCAACGAGAACUGGAUGAACUGCGUGCGAGGGCGAGUCAAAUGGAAAAAACCAUGAAGUGGUGGUCAGACUGUACGGCAAACUGGAGGGAAAAAUGGAGUAAGGUACGUACGGAGAGAAAUAAGGCACGCGAUGAGGCAAAGCAAUUGCGUACGAGUCUGGAGGCGGCUAUUAAGGAGUCCACAUCGUAUAAAAAGGAAAAAACAGAACUUGAAAUGCAAAUUAAUCAGCUGAAGAAGGAAAUGGAAAAGAUCCAUAUGCUUCUUAUGAAGCAUGCUGGUCAAUUCCACAAGAGUGGGCUUGAAACGUCGGAUGAACCCCUUGAUUUGGGCAAUCGUGACAAUGAGAGUCCCGAUAUAUCUUCGGAUGGUCUUAAGAAUGUAAAUAACGAGGAUGGAUUGGUAAUCAAAAGUGAUUAUACUCAAUUUAGAGACUCAGAUAUUGAGACAUGUAUGUUGCAGGGGGCUACAUCGAAGGUAUUAAAUGACCAAGAGGAUAAUGAUGAUCAAAGCACCGAAGAACGGAAGCUGAUACAGCAAUUAUUCAAAGGUGAGGAAGGUGAUGACGAUGAAUACUUUAAGGACAAACUAUCACUGCUGAAUAUUCGUCUUGAUGAAGCGUAUCAAACGAUUGAAAGAGAAAAGGAAGAAAAGGUGGAAUAUCAGAAAAAUGUGGAAAAACUUGCAAAUGAAGUUCGAGAUUUAAAGGUAAAAUGCGAAGAAUUGCGCCUAUCUAAGCAGGAUGCUGUCCGUGAAUUGCUUACCCUUCAAGAGCAACAUAGGGCAGAAGUGCGAAUAUCCAAUAACACCCUUCAAGAUGAAGUUAAUGCGAGAGAAUCCUUGGAGAGGCGUCUCUGUGAAGUACGUAUGGAAUUGGAAAGGAUGCAGGCAGAAAAUGCCGCUGAAUGGGGUAAAAGGGAGCGUCUGGAAACGGAUAAAUUAAUGCUGGAGCGAGAUAAUAAGAAGCUACGCAGUGAAUUGCGAGAUUUUCAGGAACGCGUUGAUCGUCGUGGACGAUCCCUUUUGCCAUCUACAUUUGAUUUAGAGCUGCGUAAUUUACAGCAAGAAUUAGUGGAAAGAAAUAAGGAAAUUUCAGACUUGAGACAUUCUCAUGGAAAAUUGAAGAAACUUCUAUCUGAAUCAAAUACAGAGUUGGGGCAUGCAGUACGGCGUGCUGAACAGUAUGAAUGUGAAGUGAAACGCUUAAGGGCGCGCAUUGAGGAGCUCAAGCGUGAAUUGGCUCGAGUUGAAGAUGAAUUGGAUUUAGCAUGCAAUCAAGUGAGAAAACUUCAAAGAACAAAUGAAGAACUCAAUGGUGGGGAAAAUUUGCAAGUUAACAGAAGUUCAACAAGUCCUAAAACUCAAUCAUUUUCAUACAAACCAAAUAUAAAUGAUUUGAGACAACUAUUUGAUGAUUCUAAACGCGGUGGUAUUGAUUAUCGGGGUGGUUUUCCACCCACAAAGGGUCAAGUAGUUGAUAGUAAGGGUCAACAAAUUCCCCAAUCAAUGUUUGAUGCAAAAGGAUCCUUUCUAGAAAGUGAGAAUAGCCUAGAUGGGCGUCACAAUAAGAACAAUAUGUUUGACUUUGAGCGGGCAAAGCAAAAAUUUGAUAAAAGUGGAAAAUUAUCAUCGAAAAAUAGUUCUUGUGGGAGUAGAAAUGCAUCAUCAUCUGGGAGGAAAUUCACAGAAUCUCUAAGUACAGAUUUGGGCAUCUCCAAGCACAAUUUUAAUGAAACAGUUCAAUUUUUCGAUGAGAAUCUUCGUAAAAAAGAUGGAAGUUAUAUGAAAACUAGUCUUAAUCUCGAUGAUUUGAAAAUUUCUGAUGAUGAAGUUGUCUAAACCAGAAAUACCGAUGGAUCCAUUAGAAGAAGGAAAUGAUGGGAGUAAGAAUUAGCAUUUUCUGUGUAUUCAAUUUAUCAGUAUUUAUCAGUAGGUUGUAGUACAUUGUCAAAUUGCCAUUAAAUGUAAUGAUUACAUUUAAAUUAGGAAGUUAGACUCUUGAAAAAAGAAUUCUUUGACUGAUUUUUUAUUUUAAAAAAAUCCUUUUUUAAGUCCCAAUAUAAUAUGAUUUUUUGAACAUUUUUUUUCGAUUUAAAUUAUAAUGUUUCAAUCUUAAUCUUAUCAAUGCAGAUCAAUAUUAGAAUAAGAUAUAUACUUACCUAAUGUUUGUCGUGUGAUUAUUGCAUUCCUGUAAAAGACAAUUUUAUGCUAAAAAAAAAUGAAUAAAAAUAAAUAAAUAUCCUCCA